CAUUCUGCGCGCGUGACUUGCGCAGUGCCAAGUAACCGUCAGUGCAACAUGAAGUUAGCGAUAAUACUUUUCUUAACCGCGCUGUGUCAAGCGGAAGAUGUGUCAAGAAAUGAACAGGAUAUAGACAAUCAGAAAACAGCGAAGAGAGCGUUAGAAGAAGGAAAUGCUGGCAUUGUAAAAAGGGCUCCUGUUCUCCUGCCUUCUACAUUAUCGACAGCAACGCCAGGCAUUGAAUACGCGGAAUCCGACGAUGGACAAUCAAAAUCUCCCGCUCAGGAAACCUACUCGACUCCACUGCCACAGAUUGCGAAGAUCUCCGACGUGUUAACAAGUCAGGGACCUUCAUACCAGGCUGCCAUCGCGAGGCACCUUUAUUCCCCUGUCUCCAUCUAUCAGACCAAGAUCCCAUCACCAACUACGUACGAGAUUUCUGCACCAGUGCCUUCCCAUCUCGCUUACUCAGCGAAAAUGUCAUACCAACAACCUAUACAGUAUACUCCACAACUUCCACUGACCAAAGUUCAAAAUCCUAAACAAACAACGUUCAGAUUUUUCCCUAAUCCAAUACAACCUGUAAUGCACCAGGCACCAUCCGCACCUCCAGUGUAUCCUCAGCCACAAAUAUACCAUGUUCAACCACAAUACCAGUACACUGCAACGCUACAACAACCAGUGACAUACUUUGAGCCAGAAUUGAACAGAUAUCUUCAAAUAAUACCAGGCAUAAUUUAUUCUCAACAAAGUGAGAAUCAGCAAGCACCUACUCUAAGGGAAUUCAAGAAUUCUCCGCCACCUAACAUCGUACAAAAAUCAGUGACUGCUCCUUCAAUUGCGCUGAAUAACAACAUUCAACAACAAGGAGCAGUAAGUUACGCAAGUUUCUCCCAAGGUGCAUCCGAACCUGCGAACAACCCUGCGCAACAGACACCAGUUCCACCGCCACAACAAACCCAAAAUCAAUUGCCACAACCGCUAAAUCAACUACGUCACAUUCAAUAUCAACCAACUCCGCCUCAAUACCAGCAACCAUAUAUCUCCGAUCAACAACACCUCAUAUACGAUUUACCGCAAUCCCGAUUGGAAGCAUACCAAACUGUAUUCCCUCCAGUACCCUCAAUUGAAGUUCCGCAACCGCAAAAUCAACAACAACCUCAAUAUUUACAAAUGCCAUACCAGAAUACGCUGUCUCAAUAUCAAAAUCAACAACAUCAAUAUCAGCAGCCUUUGAAUCAAAUUGGGCAAAAUAACCAACCACCUCAACCUCAAGUAAAUAAAUACCAAGCUGCCCCAGAAAAUAGGUUAGUGCAAGCCAGAGAUAUUGAAAGGCCAGUUUUCUUCAAACCUGGAACACAACAGACAGCAGUUUAUCCCCCCGUUCAAUAUUUUGGGAAAUUCGCCCAAUCUAUUUUCGGAAAUGGCAGAAAUCACUGAAUAAAAAAUAAAUCUAAUUUAAGAUCAGCGUAAGUUUAGUUUAUAAUUUGGUACUUGUAUUGUAUUUUAAAUCUGUGAUGCCAUAAAUUCUUUAUUUUCUGGUAAAGAUGUUAUGCUAUUUUAAGAGUAAGUAAGAUUUAAUAGAAUACAUUGUUUUACUGUUUAUCAUAAAUAACAUUAUAAUAAACAGUAAACUUCUAACCACUGAUAACUAUUUAUGACAAAGAUUAUUGAUAUCGACUAAGUUUAGUGACUUAGUUCUGAACUUUUUUCAGCAAAAAUAAAACAGUGCGUAACCAACAAUAUGUAGAA